AUGUGCUGGCACAUAGGAGUUUCAAGACGCUUCCUAUGGGUGUCACAAUCCAACUUCCAGACUUUUUCUCAAGCGUCAACACCAAAACCGAGCAUAUUCCCGCUAUCCGCUCGCUGGCACUGGGUGCAAAUGUUCGGGAGCCACCUGAAAAAUUAUCACAACGUCUGGCUAAGCGCAUUCUACAUGAAAUAUGAAUUCCGACCCAUAAUUGCAUCGAAGACGCACGCUGAUCUGCGACUCGGACCUGCAAGGAACACAUGGUUGCAAAAUUACAACGGACGAUUGCAACCAGUCACCGGAGCUUCAGGUGCGCUCUGCUACAUAACUAUGGCACCCUACAGCGGUCAAUUCUCUCUGGUAUGCCAUGUUGAACAUAAUACCGGACUGCGAUUCCCUCUGCAAUACCGCCGUCCCACACUACACUUUCCUCAAUUCUCUCUACCUGGAAUAUCCUUAUUAAAAACUAUCUAA